UACGCUGCCAGCCCCGCCCCCAACAGUGACAGCAGUAGCGGCAGCAGCAGCUCAGUGCCGGCUGCUCCGGGAUCAUGGCGCCGUCUCACGCCCUGCGGUGCUGCCAGCGAGUGGUGGGCUGGGUGCCGGUGCUCUUCAUCACCAUGGUAGUGUGCUGGUCCUACUACGCCUAUGUGCUGGAGCUGUGUAUCUUUACAAUAAAAUCAGACACUGAAAAAGCUAUCUACUUGGUGUUUUUUCACCUGUUUUUUAUAAUGUUUGUGUGGUCGUAUUGGAAGACAAUAUUUUCAUGUCCAGCUAAACCAUCCAAAGAGUUUUGUUUAUCCAAGUCUGACAAGGAGCUGUACGAGAAGGAGGAGCGGCAGGAAUACCAGCAGGAAAUUCUCAAACGAGCGGCUAAAGAAUUGCCCAUCUAUACCACAACGGCUACAAAAGCAAUCCGAUAUUGUGAGAGAUGUCAGUUAAUAAAACCCGACCGGUGCCACCAUUGUUCCGCCUGCGACGUAUGUGUCCUGAAGAUGGAUCAUCACUGCCCCUGGGUGAAUAACUGUGUGGGAUUUUCCAAUUACAAAUUCUUCCUGCUGUUUUUAAUGUACUCCUUGCUGUAUUGCCUCUUCAUUUCUGCUACCGUUCUCCAAUAUUUCAUAAGAUUUUGGACGAAUGAGCUUUCGGACACUCAAGCAAAGUUCCACGUCCUCUUCCUGUUCUUUGUCUCAGCCAUGUUCUUCAUCAGUAUAUUGUCGCUCUUCAGCUAUCACUGCUGGCUUGUAGGGAAAAACAGGUCCACUAUAGAGGCUUUCCGAGCUCCCUCCUUUCGGACUGGUCCAGAAAGAGAUGGCUUUUCCCUUGGAUUUAGCAAGAAUUUUCGAGAAGUAUUUGGGGAUGAAAAGAAGUUUUGGUUACUACCUAUAUUUACAAGUCUGGGAGAUGGAUGUACCUUCCCAACCCGCCUUGUGGUCAGCGAUCCUGAGCAAAAUGUAGCGGCCAUACAGAGCGACUCUGCCAAACACACUGGGCCAAGUCAGACGUUUCCAGCCAGACCACUCAGUGAGUCCCAGAACAGACUGCUUGGAAGUGACAGUCACUGGGUGGAUGGAGGAUCAGGAGAUGAUCACUCACAUACAGGUGAGAAGAACCAUGUUACAGUGUUAAUGGAGAGUUGAUCAUUAUGACAGUUACUCAUCAGACUGGGGAAGAGGCAGACUACAGCACGGCAUGUGCUACACCACCAUAUCCAGCCUGGAGAUUGACAGACCGCAGUGCCAAACGUCCUCUUAUUAACUAACGUCCAGGAAGUAGCGUCUCCAGGCAAAACAGCGAAUGUCUCCGUAGCACGAAGAACGGACUGUUGCCUUAAUAUCUUCAUAGUGCAUUAAUGCAACAUAAUUUCUCUUUUACACAUCGACUUUAAUUGCAUAGGAACUUUGUACUUUUUAUUAUCUUUUUAAUGUUUAGUCUGCAUUCAAACUUAUAAUGCAAUAACCUACUUUUACGUAUGUCGACGUUGUUAAAAUUUGAAGCUGGUAUUUGCCAAGACUUUGAUACAAGUGUUGAAGAUAAGAGAGAUGGGGUCGUGAGUGCUGCACCAUCGGGCAUAAUUUUCCUGUCGGUGCCAUCAUUUGUCACAACUGAGUGGACAUCUCCUCCAGCAUCGUCAUCUACUAGUAUUGUAGGGAUUUAUUUUUUCAAGCUGAUGUAACUGAAGGCAGCCAUACUGUGUGUGGCGAAUGAGUGAAUUGAUUGGCUGCUUGGCCAUAAUUACUAUGAACCAGCGACAACGUCCAGCCCAACAGCGCUAACUUGUUUACUAACCUCGUAAUCAUGUUUUCAUUAUUUUUUAUAUUACCAAGAAAUGUUUUUAUAGCCCUUCUACAGUCCCCAUGCAUACAAGGAAGCCUAGUCCAUACAGUAUCUCAAGGAAAGACACAAAAGUUUUCAUAUGAAUUAAUCAACAUGAAAUGACUGUAAAAGUGUUACUUUACAGCCCACUCAUUGGAACUACAUAGGUACCGUGGAAAUAUUUUGUACAUGCGCCAUUUAUUUAUACUGCUUUUAUUUUACUUUUUAUUUUAUUAUCUUCCCACAAGAGUGAAAGGUCUUUAGAUGACUGUAAAGAAGGAAUUACUUUUUAUAAAUUUGUUUUAUGUUGAA